UUCGAAUAAUAAAAAUAAGGCGAACUAAAAUUCUAGGUAAAUAACCAUCAUCAUUGAAUUUAAAAACUACAAGCGUUUUUUUUUUUGCAAAUUGUUGUUAAAUAACGAUACAGGUAUUUUUAGGAAAAUUAUUUUAUUUUGCGCUUUAUUGUGUUCAAGAUGAAACUGUUUGUUGCUAUCUACUUAAUUAUACAUAUAGUCACUGCCUUGAGUGACAAGGAAGCCUGGAAAAUAUUUAAGGAUACAUAUGGUAAAUCUUACACCUUAUUAGAAGAACCAAAUCGUUUUAGAGUUUUUCAAGUUAAUUUACAAAGAAUUCAAUGUCACAAUAAAAGAUUUGAAGCUGGGCAAUCAUCUUAUAAACUCGGUGUCACAGAAUUUACCGAUUUAACAUCAUUAGAGUUUUUAGCUAAGUUUAAGCCAAUUAAAAUUAAUGCAUCUAAUAACGAAAGCAAUAUUCAACAACACACUAUUGGUGAUUUACCAGAUGAAAUUGACUGGAGAGAAAAGGGUGCUGUAACUGAAGUAAAAGAUCAAGGAGCUUUAGGUGCAUGUGGAGCUUUUAGUGUAACUGGUGCAGUAGAGGGUGCUAACCUUAUAUCAACUGGCACAUUAAUUUCUCUUAGUGAAAAAAAUCUAGUAGAUUGUAUAAAAACGAAUUCCUGUGAUGCGGAUUGGAUAACAAGAGCUUUUGAGUAUAUAGAAAAUAAGGGAAUUAUGUCGGAAGAUGAUUAUCCUGCGACUUCUGAUGAUACCUGCAAAUAUAAUGCUUCUCAAGUUGCUGCCAAAAUAAAAAGUUUUACGUAUAUUAAACAAGAUGACGAAUUAGAACUACAGAAGGCCGUUGCAUUUAAAGGACCAAUUUCUGUCAUUAUUAAUGUCACUCCUAAUUUCCAAUUUUACGUAUCAGGUAUAUUUGAUGACGAGAAUUGCAUUCCAGACCAAUUAAAUCACAGUGCUCUCGUGGUAGGAUAUGGAAUUUCUAAUGGUAAAUAUUAUUGGAUAGUUAAAAAUUCGUGGGGGGCCAGCUGGGGUAUGGAUGGUUACAUACUAAUGUCCAGAAAUAAGAAUAAUCAAUGUGGAAUUGCUAAGAGUGCAGUGUAUGCAACUGUAUAGUAAAUAUUAUAUUGUGAUAUUAGUUUCUUAUACAAUACUCUUUAUAUUAUAGUUAUAAUAAACAUAAUUAAAAAUUAAUAA